AUGGCGCGAAUAAAACAGGGCGUGUUCUCCUGGGAGGAUGUACUCGCCCAUCGGUACCAAAACAAUAAGCCUGCGGGCCUCCCCCAGCCCCGGAGACAGAGCGCACUCUCCAGUCGAAAUCAGUCGCAAACGAGACAGUCUGAGACAAAACUAUGCUGGGACGUCCAGCUGCAGAGCUCGCUGCUCGCGACGCUCUCCCCAGAACUGCGGGUCAUGAUCUGGGAACAAGUCCUCGGCGGCAUACGCAUCCAUAUUAUCCAGCGGGCGGAUAGACGGAUGGGCCAUGUUGUCUGCCCGGCCUCGGGGGCCUGUGAUAUCUGUCGCGGCGGGCUACCUCCGUCUAGCUGUAAGGAGUCACCGCCGCAUAUCCCGAGCAGCAGCCUUCUUGCCCUCCCGUUGGCAUGCAAGCAGAUCUACUCGGAAUCAAUUCACCUAUUAUACACCCUCAACACCUUCGAAUUCAGCAGCACCUGGUCACUCACUUACCUCCGUCCAACAAUCCCCACAGGCCUCUGGGACUCCAUCCGUGUAGUCGAGCUUAGUUGGGCCUUCCCGGGCCACUGGCUACCAAGCAAAGACCCUGUCAAGUCGGUCUACUUCUCCGCAGGGCGCCAACAGUGGAUCGAGACCUGCUGCGCUGUCGCCCGCAUGAAGAGUCUGCAGUCAUUCAGCCUGCAUUUAAGCGGCAGCUGGUUCAGUGAGCCGGUUGAGAAACUCCCCGUAUUUCUAGAGCCGCUGCGUAAUUUGCAUCUACGACAGAAGUGGCAGCUGAAUUUGCCGAGGCAGCCGUACUAUGUUAAGGAGAUUCGCAACAUUGAUGGUGACUUGAAGAAGAGGGGGAUUGAUUGUGUGGUGCAGGCUGCCUAG